UGAAGACUUCCUUCUGUUAGAAAUCCUUACUUUCCUCGUCCCAAUCAAUAGCCGACUCUACCCAAAACUGCCCAUUCAAUACUAUACAACAUUAGUGCCGUCGAAGUCUCGAGCCGCAUACGGUGUUGCGUCUUGAUAGUAUCACCUCUGAGAGCCUCCCAUUCAUUUUAUAAGAAAAUCAUCAUUCGAUCUGUGGAGUCGUACAUUGUCUCUUGACAAAACCCAGAGAUGAGACAUUAUAAUGUUUUCUGAUGAUCAUCCAUUGAUGCGCGAUCCCUUCCAUUGCUCUCUUGCGCGAGUUUCUUGAUCUGUAUUGUCCCAUCAUUGUAUGAUAAUAUAAAACAGUCAUUGGGCCGUUUCUCGUCUGACGUGCCAAACACGCGAUCAUGCUGAUGGUCCCAGUUUUAGGCUCCAGGACAGUGCAGUGCAAGCUCAACACCGUAAUUCUGUCGUACCAAAUGGCAAAAUGGAACCACAUCGGCAGUAUGUAAUCCGGUUGGUGGCUGGCUAGGAUUCACCCGAUCCGAAAAGGCCGAAGUAAGCCAAGAAUCUGGCCUUUAGCUGUCCAUGUCAGUACUUUUCUUCGACGACUCCUCAUGAUUCUCUGUCUCUCGCAUUCAAUCAUGGGUUCUGACAGGAAAGCUCUUCCUGUUCUGAUUCUCAUGACGGUGUUCUUGUUUUCCGGGUCCCCCUCGUUCACAUCGGGUUCCAGGGCCCGUGUCACAGUCCCCCGCAUCGAAGAGGCACAGAGUCCUGCAAGCCCAAGGCCCUCGGCUGCUCCGGGCCCUGCUGUUCAGCUGGUCUUCAAGGAACAGCACGUGGUGCUGGAUAAUGGCAUUCUUCAGGUCACACUGUCAAACCCAGAAGGAAGCGUCACCGGGAUUCAAUACAAUGGCAUUGAUAAUGUGCUCGAGGUGGAAAAUGGUGAAUCAAACAGAGGGUACUGGGAUGUUGUUUGGAGCGCUGCAGGAACAAACGGAACAAAGGGAAAGCUCGAUAGACUUGAGGGUACAAAGCUGGAGGUGAUAGUGGAGAACGAGGACCAGGUAGAGCUCUCAUUCACCCGAACAUGGAAUUUCUCACUCAGUGGAACUGUAGUUCCAAUAAAUGUCGACAAACGGUUUGUGCUGCUUCGUGGUUCCUCUGGUUUAUACACUUAUGCCGUGUAUGAACACUUAGCAGAAUGGCCUGCCUUCAUAAUAGACAACACGAGAACAGUUUUCAAGCUCAGAAAGGACAAAUUUCACUAUAUGGCAAUGGCAGACAACAGACAAAGGUACAUGCCACUUCCUGAUGAUAGAGAAGCCCCGAGGGGGCAGGCCUUGGCAUAUCCUGAGGCAGUACGACUUGUAGAUCCCAUGGAACCUGAGUUCAAAGGAGAGGUUGACGAUAAGUACCAAUACUCGUGUGAGAGCAAAGACAUCAGUGUCCACGGUUGGAUUAGCUCAGACCCGCCCACAGGAUUUUGGCAAAUCACACCUAGCAUCGAGUUCCGCUCUGGGGGGCCGACUAAACAGUUCCUAACAUCCCAUGUGGGCCCAACUUCCCUUAACGUUUUUCUCAGCGCUCACUACUCGGGAGAAGACCUAGUGAUGAAGUUUGGGCCGGAUGAACCAUGGAAGAAAGUAUUCGGCCCUGUUUUUGUUUACCUUAACUCUCUCAUGGGUGAUGGAGACCCGACUUCUCUCUGGGAGGAUGCUAAGCAACAGUUCAUAGCCGAAGAACAAAAAUGGCCGUACAGCUUCCCUGCUUCAGAGGACUUCAUGCCUGCAGAUCAACGGGGCAAAGUUAGUGGUCGGUUGCUUGUACUUGACAGAUACUCCAGAGAAGAAUCCUUACCAGCAACUGGGGCUUAUGUGGGUCUUUCACCGACUGGAGAGAUCGGGUCCUGGCAAAGAGAAACCAAGGGAUAUCAAUUUUGGACAAGAGCAGAUGUAGAUGGUCUGUUCUCAAUCACAAAUAUUCGUCCAGGUGACUAUAAUCUCUUUGCAUGGGUUCCCGGUUUUAUGGGAGAUUACAAGUAUCAAUACACAGUUACCAUAUCUCCAGUAGGUUUGGACAUUGAUCUGUCGGACCUGAUAUACAAGCCUCCGAGAAAUGGCCCGACAUUUUGGGAGAUAGGAGUCCCCGAUCGUACUGCUGCAGAAUUCUAUGUUCCAGAUCCCAAUCCUCUGUACAUCAAUAAACUCUACAUCAAUCAUCCUGAUAGGUUCAGGCAGUACGGUCUCUGGGAGAGAUAUGCGGAGUUAUAUCCUGAUGGGGAUUUAGUCUAUCAUGUGGGAUCAAGUGACUAUCGAAAAGAUUGGUUCUUCACUCAAGUAACCAGGAAGAGAGAAAAUAACACAUAUGAAGGGACCACUUGGCAGAUUAAGUUUAUGCUUGAAGCAGUUAAUAUAAGCGCGGCAUACACAUUGCAAGUGGCACUUGCAACUGCGCAUGUUUCCGAGUUACAGAUACGGUUCAACAACCCCGACAAAAAUCCUCCCCUCUUUACUACCGGAAUCAUCGGGAAGGACAAUACCAUCGCAAGGCAUGGGAUUCACGGGCUCUACUGGAAUUACACAAUCACGGUCCCAGGAACCGAGCUCGCAAUGGGCGAAAACACAAUCUUCCUCACGCAGACGAAAAGUGAAAGUCCAUUCCAAGGGGUUAUGUACGACUACAUACGUUUUGAGGGCCCUUCGUAUGACAGACCAAACCAUCGCUAGGCUUGAGAUUUUCAGUGAAAUGGUCUUUAAAUCGAGGCCUUAAAGCUCCUAUAGGUUCUAAGCCAUCUUCAGAAAUCAAAUGUCUAUCAUUCUUCUAUAUAUCAUUCUUCUAGGCAGGGGAGAGAGACAAUUGAUUCCAUUGAUAAUUCUUUUGUUAGCAGAAAGAAUUAAUUAUAUUAGUGUUACAUAUUAUACAUAAAUAUGCAUUUUUACAUGGAAAUAUAGUGAAAUUAAUGUUGUGUUUGGUUUCAAA